UGCGCGUAGGUGAUCGAAAUAUGGCGGCCCAAGUCUGACGAAAACUAUUGAGAUCUGCCCAUAUUUCGACAAAAAUAGCUAAGGACUGUUUGGCGUUGAGGAGGUCGAGAAAUCAGUCACACAUCAUCUGGGUUGUGCAGCCAAUCAAUGGUCAACAUGGGCAGGACCCCGCUCAAAGAUCAGAAAGAGAGUAAAAAGGAGAAACCAGGAAAGAGUACUCCUGCCGCGAGCCCUCCACCUGUUAAAGUCCCAGAGUCUUCCUUCACCUGGGAGGAGUACCUGAAGGAAACCAACUCCGUUCCAGCACCCCCAAGUUGCUUCAGACAGUCCAGGAUUCCCCCGAGUAAUGACUUCAAGGCGGGCAUGAAGCUGGAGGCACGCGACCCGCGCAACUCCACCUCCGUCUGCAUCGCCACGGUGAUGGGUAUGACGGGCACGCGGCUCCGUCUGCGCCUGGACGGCAGCGACAACACCAACGACUUCUGGCGCCUGGUGGACUCGUCCGACAUCCAGCCCAUCGGCACCUGCGAGAAGAACGGCGACAUGCUGCAGCCGCCACUCGGAUUCAGAAUGAAUGCCUCUUCAUGGCCCAUGUUCCUCCUAAGAACCUUAAAUGGAGCAGAGAUGGCUCCAGCCACAGCCUUCAAAAAGGAACCUCCAAAGCCGACCCAAAACGCCUUUAAGGCCGGGAUGAAACUGGAAGCUGUGGACAAGAAGAACCCCUAUCUUAUCUGCCCGGCCACUAUCGGGGAGGUCAAGGGAGAGGAGGUCUUCAUCAUGUUCGAUGGGUGGCGUGGCGCUUUCGACUACUGGUGCCGAUACGACUCGCGAGACAUUUUCCCUGUUGGAUGGUGCGCACUCACAAAACACAGUCUGCAACCGCCUGGCAAUAGUGUGACCCCUCAAAAGCAGCCCAUCCCCUCUGCAUCACCCGCCAAGCCACCUCGCCGCUCCAUGCAGACGUCUCUGUACCGGCUGCCCAACCCGCUGCCACCCUUGCCAGUGCGCAAGGGGGUGCGCGGGCGCCGGCCCAAGAGCGAGACCAUCGCCCUGCUGAAGGCAGUAGCCGCUGCCGCUGCGGCACAAAAUGGACAGCAGGAUGGGGACAUCAAAAUCCCUAUCACCCCUCAGCUGGCGCCCCGACCCCAUAAAAAGAGAGGCCCCAAGCCGGGCAGCAAGCGGAAGCCCAAGAUCCUCCACACCACCUUGUCGACGUCCACAGCUGAUUCCAGGUUCCCUGGUGGUCCGAUGUCCCAGGAUGGCCUGAACCUGGGGUCAGGACCUUCCGUGGUCUCCACAGUGUGCGUGUACGUCAACAAGCACGGCAACUGCGGGUCGCACCUGGACAGGAAGCAGGUCCAGCGGCUGCCUGACCACUUCGGGCCCGGCCCGGUCAACGUGAUCAUGCAGCAGGCGGUGCAGGCGUGCGUGGACUGCGCCUACCAGCCCAAAGUGCUGCUGGGAUGCCUGCAGGGCCACUCGGACGGAGAGGAGGUGGUCAAAGUUAGGACAGACGGAGGCACCCGCACUGUGAAGCUACCCACGGCCUCUAGCGCCUCCUAUGUGCUGCGCUUCAUGGAGAUGGUUUGCCGCCACCUGCAGUGUGACAACCUCUUCAGCAGCCAGCCCUUCAACCCCUACGCAGCCGCCGCCUACGACCGCAGCAAGUCAGUCAAAGAGGAGAUGUCUGAGGCACCGUCGUUAAACCGGCCCGGCAAGCGCAUCUCCAGAGACUCCCCUCCCUACGCAGCUCCUCUCUCCCCCAAGCUACUGCGCACAGAGGCCCACCCAUCAGAAGCAGCCAGUUCCACCACGGGGCCUGAGCCCCAGACGGGGGACAGGGAGGCCCCCCGGGGGUCCCACCGGAGCCCGUCCACCUGGUCCAUAGAGGAGGUCAUGCAGUUUGUGUGCAACGCUGACCCCACAGCACUGGCACCGCACGCUGAGCUCUUCAGGAAGCAUGAGAUUGACGGGAAGGCGCUGAUGCUGUUGCGGAGCGACAUGGUGAUGAAGUACAUGGGCCUGAAGCUGGGCCCGGCGCUGAAGCUCUGCCACCACAUCGAGAGACUGAAGCAAGGGAAGCACUAAAUCCCCCCCCCCCCCUCUCCCCCCUCCUCCCCGCCCCACCCCGCUGACAGACUGGACGAAAGAGGCAAUAUACAAAGAAACUGCAGCAGACUGCGAUAGACUUGAAACCGGAGGGGUGUGUGCGUGGGGGGUGAGCGGGG